GCCGUCGCCCUCCCGCUUCCUCGCAGCGCUGCCCGUUUCGCCCUCGGCCUCGCCUUCCCCGCCCCGGACGGGCCAGGAGCCCCGGCGGAGCAUCUUGUGACUUUUUACCUAAUUGGUCAUUGCAAGAAGCAUGGAGAUAAGAUUAGAAGUUUUGACAUCAACAAGUAUCAAGCAGAAAAAGCCCUGGCCACGAGUCUCCUGGUUAGGACAGGAAAAUGAAGCUGUUUUCCUUUUGGAUAAUAAAUUUAUAAAUGAAAUUAAUUUGCUCUCUGGAAGAACAAAGAAGAAAAUUCCUUGUCUGCAGCCUUUGUUGAAGGAUGCUAUUGUCCUAACAACAUCCAGUAAUGAUGCCUGGCUGGUUGGGGUACUCACUACAGGGGAGCUUUUUCUUUGGAACAAAGAUCAAGAUUGCUUGAAAACUGUACAGGCAGCUGAAAAGCCUAAGAAAAUGAUUCAAGCUGCAGUAGCAAGCUCUUUGAGACUGUACUUGUAUGUAUCUGGAAAUGGGAGAAGAGUUCUGCUUAUAACUCCUGGAUGCGUAUUUCUUUGGGAAUAUUUGGAAUUCAAGAAUAUCUUAUCUUCUAAAAGCCCUUCAUUGGUAGGCCAGUGGUCCCAGAUCAUACCUGAAGAAGCAGUUCAUUUGCCUUCUAAUGAAGAUAAAGAAGCUGUAGUGCAUGCUGUCUUUAUAAAAAAUGAGUUAUUUGGAGAUUGCUGCUUGUGUUCAUUUACUUUUUAUUCUGGAGAAUGUCUGAAGUUAACAUUUCUAGCAAUUCGGUGGCAUGAGAAUGUAUUUACACCUGUAAGAUCGUUGCCAUACCAUGUUCAUUGGGCACAACAAGACUGCCUUCUGUGCCAUCUAAUUCCCAAAUGUGAAUCGGUAAAGUCAAGAGGAGCUCUAAUUUCUGCCUUUUCAAGAGAUGGCAUUACUCUGGCAGUAACUCUUAAUCAGAAAGACCCAAAGGCAACUCAGGUAUUGUUUAUAAACACGUUGAAUUUUGUUACUCUCUGUGGUAGCCUGAGAGGGUGUAGUAAUAAGAAUCCUGUGGUUCCACCUACACUUAUCAGGUCCUACUGGGUAGGUGAUAUCAGCUGGACUCAUGAUAGUCUUUUUCUGGCUUGUAUGUUAAAACGUGGCUCCCUGGUUUUAUUGACCUGUCAAGGUGAAUUGGUAACAUUAAUUACAUUUGGUUGCUCUAUAGAAUUUGGGCCAGCAGAAUUUAUUCCUUUUCACCCACUCAUAACAUAUAGACCACAGCAGCUUACAUUUCAAGAUUCAAAUAAUUCUGUAGAUUCAACAGCUUCUGAUAGUGACCCUAUGAGACAGAGAUUUUCUAUAAAAGCACACUCAAGAUUACCCUACCUCAUUAUUUCUGAUGGAUACAUGGUCACAACCCUUCGAUUUCUUGAUAACCUCUCUCCAUCAGUGCUCAUGAGAUCCCUUCUACUUGAUUCAACCCAGAGGCUUGAGAAAAUGUACCAAAGUAUGGUAUUGUCUAAGCCAAAGGGCAAAGGACUGAACUUGCGAUCACUGGAUUCCCUAAGGUCUAGCCUGUUAAAACACCAAGGAAAUAAAAGUGUAGCUGAUUCUACUGUCCCCAGAUUCUUACAGGCAGAAGAAACAAUGAACUUAAAUGAAAAAGCAGAAGAUUUUCAGGAUUUUGAAGCAGAAGAAAGUAAUGAAGGCAAACACUUUCCAAACAACUUAUUCUCACUUUGGAACCAAAAAAAGGAUCCAUUGUUCAGUAAUGUCAAGGAGGGAAGAUUGGAAUUUGCGUCUAUGUUUGAUACGAUACAUGCAGAGGAUAAUACAGAGGAGACAGACAGAACCAUUACAGAACUGCAUUCUGUCCAGAAGAAUCUCCUUGCAGCAUGGAUUAUAGGAAUUUCAAAAAAUGUAACAGAAAAAAAUUUAAUGUUAAAUUACACAGUUGUUUGUAUCACUCAUUUUUUCUACAUUCUUCAAUUUAUAAGAUGUCCUUUCCCCAAACUUGAUCCUUUUUCAAGCAAGAGCACAAGACAUAAUGCAUGGGUACUUUGUAUCUUUCAACUUUUUCAUCAGUGUUUGUCAAUCCAGUAUUGGGAUAUGAGAUACAAACAAGAUGUGGGACAUUUGGUAAAGCUGACCUCAAAUACUAUAAAGCUUUUGCUGAUUCAGCAACAGCAGGGUCAGUUAUUUUCAGAGAAGCUUUUGGCUUGUUUUCAUUUACUCAAAAUGGUAGCUGCUUAUUUAAAUGGCAUAUACAUUCUUCAGCCUGAAGUUAUUUCAACGUCAGUUGAUGGAAGUAGAACAGCAAAUCAAGACAAAUUGGUGGUACCCAUUUUUCAAAUGUUUCCAGAUAGUGGUUCUCAGGAAAACUGGUCUUGGAGUUCAUCUUUCAAGAUUCAUCCUCAAGUAGUAAAUCUUGCUCAACAACCAGGACACAGAUUGGCUGUUCUCUGGAGAGUGUUGUACAACAAAACUUUAUGGUAUCAAACACAGUUAAAUCAAAGACUUCCUGAUGGUGACAGACAGUUAACUGAAAAGAUGACACAGGAAGCAUCUACUGUCAAGGCUCUGCUAUGUCACAUACAGGCUAACUUACAGACUGCUGGAAUUCGCUUGAACCAGGCGUUAGAACUUAAAUCUAUCAAUGGUGAAGAGUGUUUCCUGUUAGGAUCAUAUGAAAAGUCUGUCCUAAUGUGGAAGAAAGCUCUACAAGAAACUCAAGAGAAAGGAGGAAGAAGGACAUGUUUUCUUCAGAUACGCUAUUAUCUUUCUCUUUUCUACUGCUACAUCUAUAGCUAUAAUUUAAAUGAUGCUCAAGGAUUGUGUGAUCAGCUAGUAAGAGAAAUAUUGAAGUGGUCCCACCUACCUGUAAAAGAAAAUGAGGAUCGUUCAGUUCCUGAGAAGUCUCAUUCUGAGUUUGGAAUGACGAGAAGUGCUCAUCCUGAGGCGGCAGUAAAGGUUAUCCAGUCCAUGGCUCGCUUCAUGGCCGCCUAUUUCACCAAUCAGCCGCUUUGCAUUUUGCCACCUCACAAUGUGAAUGUUCUUCCUCCCCUUCAUACUAAAACAGAACGGUCCCUUCGACUUAUUCCUCUGCAACACUCUAAGGUGGCCAGUGUUGUAAGAGAUCAGAAUCUUUCUAAUGUUUGGACAGUUGAAUAUGCCCUUGAAUUAUUACUUAUUGGUGGCCUAGUUCCAGAGGCUGUGUGGUUGGCACAUAAACUUGGAGACUGGAAGACAUCUGUUUCAAUUGGUGUGGCCUUCCAACUAUUCUGUAAACAUGAUAGUAAUUUCACAAGGUCCAAGAAAAAGGGUCUGAAUUUGCCAAUAAAUAUGACUCCAGCACAGAUUUUCCAGGAAAAACUGCAGUGUUUUUUAGGUCGGCCAGCCCCUUUGGAAACAAAAAAUGAAAUGGGCUCAAAAUACAAACAAUUUACAGAUCCCAUUGAAGAAGAAGAUGCAAAUCUCCUCUUUGGUUCAGUGCAGGAAGUACUGAAAGCAGCAGUUAUGGCUGAUGCAGAUAUUCUUUCAGAGACGUUUCAACUUCUGCUAAACUCUGCCAAGGACUUCACUAAGAGACUGUGGGGCUUAGUCCCGGUCGGCUUGUAUCUCCCGGCUCCUCCAUUAUAUUGUCCUCAGCCAGCUAUUCUUAGUGAAGAAGAUGGUGAUGAUCUUCUUUUAAAAGCUGAAAAGGAUAAUCGCCAAAAGGUGUCUGGAAUCCUUCAGCGUGUUCUCUUGCUUUUCCGGGCAGCUCGCUGUUCUUUGCCGGUAGCACAGUGGUACAUCUUGCAGUUGAGAUGGGCAAGAAAAGUCAUGCAGAAGAUUCGAAUGAAAGGGUCCCUUCCUUCAUUGAGUCCUUUCCCUGAGUCAUUACUUAAUUAUUGUAAAGGAGGUGUAGCAUUCUUUCGACCUGGAGCAACUGGAGACAGCAAGCUUGAUGAAGUUUCCGUUAAAGCAAUAGGUUGCUUCAGAGAACUUUGUGCUUUGUGUUGGAUGCUACAUGUUCGUGAUAAGUUAUCCUAUAGUUGCAGGCAAUACCAGAAAGCAAGAGAAAAUGUGGAGGGGAAAAAGGACGUCGAAGUGGAGUUUGAUUCUUGUAUGGUUGAGCACGGUCUCAGUGCAGUGGAGUGGGCACACAGAAUGCUGCCCUUUUCUCGGUUUUCUAAUAUUGAAGAACUUAUUCAGGAUCUAAUUUUGAGCCUUAUUGGGGAACUGCCACCAAUCAAAAAGGUAGCAGAAAUUUUUGUGAAAGCAUUUCCCAAUCCUGAGGACAUAAGGGUUCCUUUAAGAGAAAAAUAUCACUGUCUUCAACAGAGACUCAGACACUGUGUUGUGAAAGGUCCCCAAACUGAGGAAAUGAUGUCUGUUAUUAUGCAUUCUAUUCAUAAAGUGAGAGUGAAAGCCCUAAAACGUGUGCAAAGAAAUAUAGGUUCUUUUGAAAUGAAUAUCUGGGAACCAAUUGAAGAAGAAAAACCAGCUGAGGUUCUGGGUUUUGAUAGGUUUUCCCUAGGAACUAGUUUGAGCAGGAGCACACUCACAGAACUGGGGAAUUCUCUAGUCCACAGUGAUGCAGAUACAGCAGAUACCUUCUCUGAAGCAUUGUCAGUUGAAGAAAAAAGUAGGAUACAUUUCUCUGAAAGAAAUGCCCCAAAUCACAUGGAAUUAAAAUUGAUUAGUAAGCCCAAGGAAAAAAAGAAGAUAUGUAGUCAGAAAGAAAAUCUUGAAAGAAAAGAUCAUGAAAAGCUAUUACAAAAUGCACUGCCUGUAAUAGGUGUUUGGGAAUUUGAACGUGAUGAUGAUGAAUAUAUUAAAUUCCUUGAUCUCUUCUUGAGUUAUGUUCUUGAAAGAGACCUACUUGAUUCUAAGGAUCCUGGCAUUCCAUUUCUAACCAGUUUUUCUGGACAUCUUAGAGAAUAUGAACUUAAUUCUUUACUUUUUGAUGUACAUACAACAUUAAAACGACGUCGAAGCAAAACCAAAAGCCAAAAUGUGUUUAGAGCUGGCUCUUGUUUUGUUGUUGCUCCUGAGUUAUAUGAGUCUGAAAAGCCAGAAAACCAAGCACUUUCAGCUUCAGUACUGGAUCAAGGAAUCAGGUCAUUUUUAGAGAACCCUUUGAAUGAAGUCAAUAAAAUUGAAGGGACAAGUGGAUUGUUUGGUUUAAAACAAAAGUCAGUUUACAGAACACGAGAUGACAGUUCAGGGAAACCUUUAGUCCAGAGAUUGUCAAACCAUAUGUUUUGGACUCCCAAGACCGACAAAACUAGAAGAUGUAUUUUCAAAGCAGUUCAAUGCAGUGAUAUUAACCCUCAAGAAGAUCUUCCUUUAGCACUAAAUAACACAUUUGGCAGUAUAAGAAGGCUGCUGGAAUGGAUGAUAAGGUGGUCUGACAGAAGACUGCUCUGUGAUCCUAGUCUCACUGAGUUAUCCUGUGAGUAUAGUCCCGUCAUUCGUGUAAAGACCUCUACAGCUGCCAUUCUUACAUCAUUGUGGCUUUUGGAACAACCCUAUUUUGCUACAUAUAAGGGAAAAAAUGCCAUUUUUAAGGUGCUAGAGAAUCAUUACUCUCGGUCUCAGAGUGGACCCGACAUUGUGAGUGAUUGCAAAACAGAUGCUGGCUGUUCUGUUGCAGUAUCCACUCAAAGUGGGACUGAUGAAAGAAAUGAUCAAAACAAAUCUCAUCAAAGUAUGUUGAAUGGAAUACCAACUGAAGCAUUCAAUCCUGAAACAAAGGAAACCAAAGAUAAGAUUAUUUCUGUUACUGAUGAUACUGAAAAAGAAUUUAUAGAUAUUGAUGAGGAUCUUUUAGAGGUAGAAACAUGUAACCAAGAGGAAAUGGAAAUACAGCUAUCAGACCAUGAAGAAGUUACCAAAGAGCCUAUUGGAAAUCUUAAAAGUUCCCAUAUUGCCAUUUACAUGCAGACUUUACCGCAGCAUUUAGAAGAACAUUCCACAGGAGAGGUUCAGUGUCCAAGGGAAGAACCAUUGGAGACACGUAUGGAGAAAAAAUCAACUGCACAGAAAGGUGGCCAGAUCUCUGCAUUUAAAGAUCCGUCUUCCUCAGUUCCACCUUUCAUAUCAAAUGGAGUCACUGUGUCUUCACAAACACCUAUGCCAACACCACAGCAGACCCAGAGAAAUGAACCCAGGGCUCAAUUACCAGAUUCUUCAGAUUCUGUGAGGCAGAUGCUCCAAGAUGAAAUGUUUAAAUUAGUUCAGCUGCAACAGAUCAACUUCAUGAGCCUAAUGCAAAUAGUAGGAUCAUCCUUUGCCAACCUCCCAGAUAUACAUCAACUUCUACAGCAGUCUCAGCCUGUUCGUUUGGUGGGAAGCCAAGUAUCAAACCCCACAAGAGGGAGUAGUGAUGUUGAUGACACCAGUAGAAAUUUUAAGGAGAAAUCUUUUAUUAAGCCACAGUCCAUGGGAGAGUAUACCAGAGAGCCUGGUGAGAAGAGUCCACACUGCCAUAAAGGAAUUGUGCAGGAUGAUCAAAAUAGUAAUGGAAAUGUGCAGAAUAUACCACAUGGGAGUAUUCCUUUAUGUGAGUCAGAAGGCCCACCUCAGAAUACAGGAUUAACUCCAGCAUCUCAAAGCUUACCAACUCCUGCGCUGUCUUCAGCUCCUGCUGGAAGUACUGCCCUCCACCUUUUGUCCCCAUCUUCUGCCAUUCUGAACACACCUAGACUAAUCCCAGCUGCAAAAACCUUCAGGCCUGGUGAUGGUUUUCCUUUGCUUCAGUUUCAGCCUAAGCAUGAAUUUAAGCCCCUUUCUUUCCAUACAGGAAGAGCCCCACAAGUUCCCUUCAGGCCCCCGCCACAGCCCAGAGAGGCUUGGGGAUUAUCUGAUUCCUUCCAGCCUCCAUUGCUACGGAAAGCAAUGCACAUGACUUCAGUGCCCCAUCUGAAUUUGAGCCAGUAUAAUACUGAAGCCACAAAAAAAGCAAUGGAGCAGAAGAAAUGGGCAGAAUCUGUAAUUACAGAAAUCCCUAAGCGUGUGAAUGUGGAUCAGUGUGUUGGACAUGAAAAUUUGACAUCUCAACAGGACUCUUCAAUGUUUAUAAAACCAGAAAAACUACUUGAUGUUAAGCCAGAGUCCCUUGAAAUAUGGCCUCAGAAUUCCUUCGGAUUUCCAUUAUUGCACCUGCAACUUAAGCCUCCUUAUAUAUUUUCCUCUGCCUCAACAGCAUCAGUAACAAUUCCCUCAAUACCUAUGAGAACUGUAGCAGAAGAAAGAAAAUACCCAAGGCUUUCAUUACUUCAUUCAUGCCUAUCCCCGGAAAAUACGUACAAAAACCCACAACUUAUUCCCCUUGAGAACCUCAUUGCAUUCAAACAAAGCCAAGAGAAACUAGCACCUAAUUUAUUUGAACAAGGCGAUUUUGGACACCUUCGGCUUCUAAACGUCAAAAUAGAACCAUCUGAAGCGAGACAAGGAAAGGACAGUAAAAAAAGACAAAGACGACGAGCUGAGAAAGAGCUGCAAGAAAAAAUGUCAGAGAAGCUAAGGAGAAAACCAAGUGUGGCUUUCCAACCAGAGAGUUCCAGUGUUAAUGAUAAUGAUUCAGAAAUAGUUAUGAAAUCCAAGGAGCAACAAGAACAUGGUGGUUCCCAGCCUUUGGAUGAUUUUGACAUUCCUUUUGAAAUGCUACAAAAUGAUAUUAAAACUUCAGCUGGAUUGCAUUUCAUGGCCUGUGUAAGAAAGAAAGCUGUAGAAUGUCAGGAUGCAAGUACAAAUACAGACCCAGAUAAAAAAGCUGCUUCUCAAGAAGUUGUUUCUGAAUGUUGUAAAAAUGAACAAAUCAUUUCUUCCAUAUCAGAACAUGAGCCUUUGAAUGUUCCUGAAGUGUUGGCACCAGAUGUAUAUUUAAAUCUCAAACUUUCUACUGAAAUAUCAGAGAAACCUUUGUCACCUUCACCAUCUGAUCCGGUUGGACACACUUACAUAAAUGUUGUUGACAUUAAAGCUGAUGAUCUACAGGAAUUUCCUGUCAGAGAAGAGCCUUCAGAUGAUAAUAUUAUCAGACAGCAAAGUGAUCAUCUGGAAGUCCCAUCUUCUGCAGAGUUACAUUAUAUGGCAGCUUCAGUUACAAAUGCUGUCCCCCUGCACAGUUUUAAGAGUGAAGAGUCUGCCACUUCCACCACAGAUGUAUUUUUUAAACCUGCAGAAGUGUCUCCAUCCUGUCUAGAUGGAAGAAGCUGGAGGGCAGCAAUUUCAGAAGAGAAGGAGCCUGCUAUCACCUCACCUAUACCAUCAGAAAUACAGCAGGACACAGAUAUGCUGAAGCCAGAUUGCCGAUUCAAAGAGCAGAGCUCAAAGUCAUCUGCCGCAGAGGAGUAUCUGCUAUGGGAGCUACUGCGGGAUGUCUCUGCGGCUCGUCCCGCACAGAGCUCUGCAGCUCGCCGGCUAGAGCAUCUUACCUCUAAGCUUCAGAAAAUUGAUGAACAACUGUUAGCAAUAGAGAACAUUGCUGAAAACAUAGAACGGGAUUGCCCCAGACAAAAAGUGCUAGAUCGACAUUGUGAUAAGGGUGCAUCCUUAGACCAUAUUGAAUUGUCCUCUGGUCUUGAAUCUGAAAAAACAUCUGCUUCAAAAGCCACUGGUAUUUCGGAAGCACAUUUCCUGACUCAUAGGAAUGAGGAGGAUCAAAGUGACAAAGAGGAGAUUUCAGAAGCUGAAUUUUCAGUAACAGAAACUCAUUCUAGUCAGAAAACCUGUGUAUUUCCUUCUGUUGAUUCAGCGGUCAGCCUUUUCAGUGGCCAGAGUACAACUUCUCCUGGUGUGAAUAACAGUGAUGAGUUAUUCGAGAGUAUUUCAGUAGACCCACUCCAGAUGACUGGAUUGACUGAUAUUGCCGACAUUAUUGAGGACCUUAUAACAAAAGAUGGAGUUUCCAGUGAAGAGCUCGGUUUAACAGAACAACAAGCUAAGACUAUCUCCAGAAUUCAGCAUUCUUCUGGUAGACCAACACAAAGACCUGAGAAGGAGAGAAGAGAAAUUCAAAUGUGGAUGAAAAGAAAACGAAAGGAAAGAAUGGCGGAAUACUUAAAUGAGCUGGCGGAAAAGAGAGGGCAAGAACAUGAUCCUUUCUGCCCCAGGAGCAAUCCAUUUUACAUGACUUCAAGAGAAAUCAGGCUAAGAGCGAAGAUGAAGGAUGAAAAAGACAGAUUGCUACUCUCUGACCACUAUAAUCGUCGAAUCUCACAAGCGUACAGUCUGAUGAAUGAAUUGUUAUCUGAAUCAGUACAACUACCAACUACUGCACAGAAACCAUUGCUUAACAGACCCAGAACUGCUCACGUUUCCAGACAGCAAUGUUCUCUUUCUCCAAGAAGAGACUAUCAACAUGGUCACAGUAUUCCAAUAAAUCAACCUGGAAAAUUCAGAUAUAUAUUCAGACCAAGUUGUACCCGAAAGGGAAAAGCUUUUGGACAACCUGAAGGCCCUCCUUGGCCACAUGACUGGAUAUCCAGAACAAAUCCUAGAGAAAUGCAGUCUGAUCUGAAGAGAAGGAAAUUACAAAGCCAUCCCUGGGUAAAGCAAGGUUCUAGUGCUCCGUGUGGGAGUCUGCAGUGUACGAAAAAACACAUCAGUGCUGAGCUUUCACCUCGAUCAAAGCAGGUACGUAUAGAGUAUGAGAGAGAGACCGUGGUGAGCCCCUGGACAACUGUUCACGAGAGUCCUGCUUCCCUUCUACAGGACUUGGCAGCAACCGAAGAAGAGCUAGAGCCUCCUUUCGGGGUGGGUGGCGUCGACAGUGUGUCUGGGAGCACUGGCAGCAUCCUCAGCAGACUUGACUGGAACGCCAUUGAAGACAUGGUGGCCGGCGUGGACGACAAGAACCUGUCUCUCCGCUGGGCCUUGGACCUGUAAGACCUGCGUAUCAUUGUGUUUCCCGGCAGAGACUAGCAUCUCAUUGAUGUAGUUCUGAAAGAUUGGAGUGUUUAAGGGAGAGAAGCAACGAAGGAAGCAGCAUGAAUAUACCACCUGCAGCCAUAUCAUUCCCUGGAUUAGCCAUUUCAAGAGGGAAAAUAAACACUUCUCAAUAAUUUUGCCUUCAUGGGGAAAGGGUUGUUUAUACAGACAUGCUUUUGCAUUUGGUAUCUCUUUAGGCAUACUUUUUACAAUGAUGAAAAAAUGAAAAGGACCUGUCAAGCCAGUUUACAUAAUAUUUAAGUUAUUUCAAUAAAAAUCUUCUAUAUCACCUCCUCCUUUACUACCCCCCAAGUUUUGAGAAGCAACCUUAUAUGGAUAAACCCGACGGAAAAAAUUCUUUCGUUGUGGAGAAGAAAGUCACAAUCUCGCCCUGAGACAUAAUGAGCUCCAUUUUAAAACAGAGCCUUAAACUCACCUGUGCAGGCCUGGCCCAGGAGUGAAAAAGGAACCACUUUCCACCAAUACUGGACUUCUGAAUAAGCCAAGUUUCACGGAGGCCAGAUCUGGCCUCUGCUCUGUAACCUGAAAAGCCUUGAAGAAACAGGGCUGGAUGCUUUGAGUGGGAAACAGGAUUCCUGACUCUAGAAAGCUCACAUUAACUUUAUAAAAACUACGGUGCAGAGACGUGGGUAGUUUCUGGCAUUGCACCCAAAUAAUAAUUUAGGAGAUAAUUUUUGUGAGAAGAAACUAAAAACCUUCACCCAUUUGUCAAUUUUUGGUGUAGUAUCAAAGAAUACUACUGUCGAAAAAGCUAUGAAAUAUACCUCCUUUUCCAACUACAUUUGUGAGGCCAGAUUUUUUUUGGAUAUACUUUGACCAGAACAACAUGCUGGAACAGGUUGAAUGCAGAAGCAGGUAUGGGAAUUCAGCUGUCUUCCAUUAAGCCAAACAUUAAAGACAUUUGUAAAACUAUGAAACUGCUACUCUGCUCAUCAAGUUUUGAUUUGGAAAAUAUCUUUUGUAAAUGUGUCUUAUAAACAUUGGGUCAUUGUAAUUAAAAAUGUUUAAACAUU